GAAGAUUUCCGUUUCCACUAAUAGAUUACUUUAUCAUCAAGCUCCUUCCUAAUAUAAAGAUUGCUCAUCAUCUCCUUUCACAUUUCAACUCUUCUCGCAUCAACAACAUGACCGACACCACACCAACCGCUCUCACUCAGCUGCCCGAAGCAUCAACCCGUCGUCGCUACAACACCACCGAACUACAAGACUAUUUCACCAGAAUCAACCUUUCUCACAAAUAUCUCGACUCGCCUGUUUUGAAAGACGCCGCUCUCGCGAGGACGAAAGAACAUGGUCUUCCAUUACUAGAAGCGCUAUGUCGCCAUCACACUACCGCCAUCCCCUUCGAAAACCUCAUCCUCCACUACUCUGCCAACAAGAAAGUGACCCUCGACUUAUCAGACCUGUACACCUGGUUCGUCAAAAAGCGCCGCGGUGGCCGGUGUAUGGAAAACAACAGUUUCUUCGGCACAGUGUUGCGGUCUAUUGGCUAUCGCGUGCGGAAUUGCGGAGGUAGGGUGUCGAGGGCUAUGAGUGCUUUUCCAGAGGUCAGGGAGAAGCAGGCGCAUACGUAUGAUGGAUGGAACCAUAUGCUUAAUCUUGUGCGUUUGGAGGGUGAGUGGUAUGUGGUUGAUGUAGGUAUGGGAGCGAUGGGGCCAAAUUUGCCGUAUCCUCUACGCGACAAUUACGAGACUGUCAGUAUUGCUCCGAGGAAAAUUCGGAUCCAACAACGAGCGAUUGGAGAGUCUUAUGCAGAGGAAGACGCACCGAAGAUGUGGUGUUAUGAUGUUUGCUAUGAUCCAAGCAAAGGUGCAGACAACAAGUGGAUCCCUACUUACUGUUUCACGGAGACGGAGUUCUUACCUCAGGACUAUGAGAUGAUGUCUUGGUUUACAUCUACGCAUGGCAACUCGUUCUUUACGCGUUACAUGACGGCCACGAGGAUGAUCAUGGAUCCCGAGCAAGAGAAGAUUAUCGGCAGUGUUACUCUCUUCGAGGCCACUAUCAGAGAGAGUAUCGGAAGUGAGCGCAAGGUCAUCAAGGAAUGCAAGACGGAGGAUGAGCGGAUCGAGUCGUUGAAGGUGAUUUAUGGGAUUGAAUUGACUGAUGAGGAAAAGAAUGGCGUUCCUUCCGCUCUCAGGUUGGCCUGAUCGCCUACCGUGAGGUCUCGAAACUGAACACCAGGGCUGGUGAUACAUCGACCACGCUGCAACGAUCUUUCUAGCCCGCGAUGAAAGGGUAGCCAUCUUCUCACAUAGAAUCAAUAGACUAGCUUGGCAGACACGAUCCAUUCUUCAGCAUCUUUUCAAGUAGGGAUG